GUUUGUUUGGUGUCUGUGGUUUUGGGAGGAUAACAAUAAUGAGAACUGAUUUUUAUUUAAUAAUCUUAAGUAGUUAAUGAAAUAAUGUGAUAUUUACCAACAAUUAGCUUAAUUAGGGCGAAUUCGAUAAAAAAUUCGCCGCGACUGUAGCCACGACAAACCGACAAAACUCGCAUACUCAGUCGACAUAGCUUCAUGCACAGUUAGCGAAUCGUCGCGAAGAAUCGGAGAAAUCCAGCGGAAAUGUCGAAGCCCAAAGUGAACGGCGAGUGGAAGCGCCGCGUGAAGCAGGAGUACAUGCGCCUGAGGCAAUUGAAGCGCUACAAACGCGCCGACGACGUGAAGGCCGCCUGGAACCAAAACCGCCACAAGAUGACUGAAAACCUCAACGAAGAACAGAAACGAUGGACCGACGGCAAGGCCUUUUGGGGCGCCACCAACGAAGUACCCGCCCACGUGGCUUGCAUGAAAAAGGCCGAAGUUAUCGGCAACGAAGGUGACAUUCAAGUGGUGACCAUCAAAAUAAUGAAUGCUGUUACUCCGAUUCCUACGAUGUACACGUGGGCUCCGAUACAGCAGAACUUCAUGGUGGAAGACGAAACCGUGCUGCAUAACAUACCGUACAUGGGCGACGAAAUCUUAGACCAAGACGGUACUUUCAUAGAAGAACUGAUCAAAAAUUACGAUGGUAAAGUACACGGAGACCGAGAAGCCGGUUUCAUCGACGACGAACUGUUCGUGGAGCUCGUACACGCCCUAAUGCAAUACCAAGACAAAGACAAUAAAUCCGACAAGAAGAAGGACGACAAAGAUAAAGAUAAAGACAAGAAGGAGGAGAAGGAUAAGGUGAAAGUCGUGGAUGAUAAGGAGAAGGAGAGCAAAGAGAAGAAAAAAGACGAGCUUGAUUUCCCCGUGUUCGUGAUAUUCCAAGCCAUCUCGUCGCAAUUUCCCGACAAAGGGGGACCCGAGGAACUGAGAGACAAGUACGUGGAAUUGACCGAGAGGACUGAUCCCAACGCCCCGCCGGAGUGCACGCCCGACAUCGACGGCCCCAACGCCGCCUCGGUGCCCCGAGAGCAAACGUUGCACUCGUUCCACACGUUGUUCUGUCGCCGGUGCUUCAAAUACGACUGUUUCCUACACAGACUGCAAGUGUGCCAUCCGGGUCCGAAUUUGCAGAAGCGCAGGGGGCCCGAUUUGAAGCCGUUCACGGAGCCCUGCGGAUCGGACUGUUAUUUACUUUUGGACGUGGUGAAAGAGAAUCUAGCGGCCAAGGCCAAGCAGGAGGAGGAAUCCGAAAAGGAAAAGGAAAAAGAGAAGGAAGUGAAAGCGAAAGUGCCUAAAACCUCGUUGGAUAACCAGGACGCGAACAAAUCGAACAGUGCCAAUAACCCGAGGAAGAUAUGCAAGCAACAGAGCGUCGACAGCGGCAACGAGGCCAGCUCGGAGGACAGCAACGACAGCAACAAAUACAAAGAAAACGACAGCACCGAUCCGGUAUCGACGACCACAUCGUUCAGUUUGCUGGGCCUGAUGGGCGCCGACGAUCACAAGGAAUGGACGGGUUCCGACGAAAGUCUCUUCAGAAUACUCCACAAAGUGUUCCUUAACAACUACUGCGCCAUUGCUCAGAUCAUGCUGACCAAAACCUGCCAACAAGUGUACGAGUUCGCGCAAAAAGAAUCGGCCGACAUACCGCCCGACGAGCAGGUGCGCGACUACACGCCGCCGCGGAAGAAGAAGAAGAAACACCGCCUGUGGUCGAUGCACUGCAGAAAAAUUCAAUUGAAGAAGGACUCGAGCAGCAAUCACGUGUACAAUUUCACGCCGUGCGACCACGGCGGCCGCGGCUGCGACCACGAUUGCCCGUGCAUCGGUGCGCAGAAUUUCUGCGAGAAGUUCUGCAACUGCAGCUCGGACUGCCAGAACCGGUUUCCGGGUUGCCGGUGCAAGGCGCAGUGCAACACGAAGCAGUGCCCGUGCUAUUUGGCGGUGCGCGAAUGCGAUCCCGAUCUGUGCCAGACGUGCGGCGCCGAUCAGUUCGAUAACAGCAAGAUCACGUGUAAGAACGUGAGCGUGCAGAGGGGAUUGCAUAAGCAUUUGCUGAUGGCCCCUUCGGACGUGGCCGGUUGGGGUAUUUUUUUGAAAGACAGCGCCCAGAAGAACGAGUUCAUAUCGGAGUAUUGCGGGGAGAUUAUAUCGCAGGACGAGGCGGACAGAAGGGGCAAAGUGUACGAUAAAUAUAUGUGUAGUUUCUUGUUCAAUUUAAAUAAUGAUUUUGUUGUUGAUGCUACGAGGAAGGGUAAUAAGAUCAGAUUCGCCAAUCAUUCUAUUAAUCCGAAUUGUUAUGCCAAAGUGAUGAUGGUGAACGGUGAUCAUAGAAUUGGAAUUUUCGCCAAAAGGGCUAUACAGCCAGGCGAAGAAUUGUUCUUCGAUUACAGAUAUGGUCCCACUGAGCAAUUGAAGUUUGUGGGUAUCGAGAGAGAAAUGGAAUUUUUAUAAACGUAAAAAUUCUAUUAGGUUCUGUAAGUGCUAGUAGUAGGAUUUUUUGUUUGUUUGAAAUAGUACUGAUUUUCGAGUACACAUGCGGUAUUAAUGUGUAAUUUUUACAAAUUUU